AUGACAGCUCAAAGAACUACAACAAUUGGUAAAAGACAAGCAGCCCAGUCAAAAAUAUCUGCGAGCAAAGUAAUACAAAAUAAAAAAAAAUUCUAUCACAUCAGCAACGUCAACAGAUGUACCAGUGAAAGCAUAAUUGAACACUUGAAAUUGGUGGAUGUAGAAGUUUUGUCAUGCUACCCUGCUCUAAAGAAAAGUUAUGCCCAGGCGCUUGCAAACAACGACCAAUCUACAUCUUUUAGACUUUGCGUUGAUAAAAAAUUUGCCAGCAUAGUCGAAUCUGCCGAUGCGUGGCCUGAACACGUACGCGUUAGAGAAUGGCUUUUCAACACUAAUUUGGUGGACAGCAAUAAUAAAUCAAUAAUCAAUAAUGAUAAUGGUAAUAAUGACGGUAUUAAUAAUGGUGGUAGCAACAAAGGUAGUAAUAAUAGUAAUAAUAAUAAAUCAAUAGAUGUAAACUCCCAUUUGAUGAACAACAAAUCAAUUGUUUUCAACAGCAAACCUUUUGACGCCAACAACAAGCCACUGGAUGACAUCACAAAUUCAAUAGAUAAAUCUGAAGACAACAUUGUACAAAUGAACACCAAAAUGAACACCAACACCACCGACAACCAUGAGUAA